GCCCUCGUAUUGUUCGUCACUCAGAACCUCACUCUCUCUCUUCGCUCGAACGAAACUAGAGAGAAGAAAAAUCAAAAGAAAAAUUCGCGAAAAAUGGCAGAUGAGAAGCCGAAAUCACUUGGAGUUUGGCCCACUGUGAAGCCAUUCGUUAAUGGCGGUGCCUCCGGUAUGCUCGCUACCUGCGUUAUUCAGCCCAUCGACAUGAUCAAGGUAAGAAUACAGCUGGGCCAGGGAUCGGCAGGAGAAGUGACGAGGAACAUGCUUAAAAAUGACGGUGUUGGUGCCUUUUACAAGGGUUUGUCUGCUGGGCUUCUUAGACAAGCUACAUAUACAACUGCACGGCUCGGGUCAUUUAGGAUUUUGACCAGCAAAGCAAUAGAGGCCAAUGAUGGGAAGCCUUUACCACUCUAUCAGAAGGCUCUGUGUGGACUAACAGCAGGAGCAAUCGGAGCAAGUGUUGGUAGUCCUGCAGAUUUGGCACUCAUAAGAAUGCAGGCCGAUGCAACUUUGCCCCUCGCCCAAAGGCGACAUUACACAAAUGCCUUUCACGCCCUUUAUCGAAUCACUGCCGAUGAAGGAGUGCUGGCACUGUGGAAAGGUGCGGGCCCCACUGUUGUGAGGGCUAUGGCACUUAACAUGGGUAUGCUUGCAUCUUACGAUCAAAGUGUCGAGUUCUUCAAGGAUUCUCUUGGUUGUGGAGAGGCUGCUACAAUUGUUGGGGCUAGUAGCAUAUCGGGAUUUUUUGCUGCGGCGUGUAGUUUGCCGUUUGAUUAUGUGAAAACCCAAAUACAGAAAAUGCAGCCAGAUGCUGCAGGGAAGUACCCGUACACUGGCUCUCUCGAUUGUGCCAUGAAAACGCUCAAAGCUGGAGGUCCUUUCAAAUUCUACACUGGAUUUCCGGUGUAUUGUGUUAGAAUUGCCCCUCAUGUCAUGAUGACCUGGAUAUUCCUGAACCAAAUCCAGAAAUUUGAGAAGACUAUCGGACUGUAAUCCAAAUCGGAGAGAAGCAGAAGCAGAUUUUUCGAACAUUGAAUCAAGAAUAAUGUUUUGGCCCAUACAUUGUAUUGGUCUGCGUUUUUUCAAUAUUUUCGCACAGAAUAAUGUUUCGCCGUCGUUCGAGGAUGAUUUUCGUAACAGAUUGUUUUGUAUUGAACUGAAUCAGAUUAAAGUAGGCAUUGGAUUUUUUUUUCUAAUAUUGUCUGAACUUGCUUUGAUUGAGACUACAACAGUAUGUACUUGUGUUUUAGCAAAAUAAUCAAAUCAAAUGUACUUUAAAA